UGUAGUUGUUUUUUCCCCCUUCCUCCUCGUUUGUGGUUUGGUUAAUCACAAAGUGUAGAGCCAUCGUGCCUGCUAGGCCGUGCCCUGGUCCAGAGCCAUGCCACACUGUGAGUGAGACUCACGGCAGUGAUGGAGCCACUGCAGCAACAGCAACAGAAGCAGUCGCAUCUGGCUCCUCUGCAGAUGGAUGCCCGAGAGAAGCAGGGACAGCAGAUGAAAGAAGCCCAAUUCCUGUAUGCCCAAAAGCUAGUCACACAGCCUACUCUCCUUUCUGCCACACCUGGGAGACCUGCCGGCAGCCCUGCCCUGGGUCCCUUAGCCAGAGUUUCACCAGCUACACCAGUGGCCCGAGUUUUUGAACGGAGCAAUGUGAACUCAGAGCCUGAGGAAGAGGAAGGAGGUUUGGAAGAUGAGGAUGAGGAUGAUGAUGUUGCAGAGGUGGCUGAAAAAGAGGCCCAGGCUGCUUCCAAAUACUUUCACGUGCAGAAAGCCGCACGCCAAGACCCCCGAGCAGCAUCCAUGUCUAGUCUGCUUCCAGCACCAGGACUCCCCCAACAUGGACAACAGACUAAAGAAGACCAUACCAAAGAUACUUCCAAGGGUCCACCUUCUGUUUCCAUGGCUGGGCAGCCAAGCUGGAAUCCAGAGGAGCAGCUUAAACAGAAUGGUGGUUUGGCCUGGAGUGAUGAUGCUGAUGGAGGCCGAGGAAGAGAGAUUUCCCGAGAUUUUGCCAAGCUAUAUGAACUAGACAGUGAUCCUGAAAGGAAAGAGUUCCUGGAUGACCUCUUCAUCUUUAUGCAGAAAAGGGGAACCCCCAUCAACCGGAUCCCCAUCAUGGCCAAGCAAAUCCUGGACCUGUACAUGCUGUAUAAGCUGGUGACAGAGAAGGGAGGCCUGGUGGAGAUCAUCAACAAGAAGAUCUGGAGGGAAAUCACCAAAGGCCUGAACCUGCCCACCUCCAUCACCAGCGCUGCCUUUACUCUCAGGACCCAGUACAUGAAGUAUCUCUAUGCCUACGAAUGUGAGAAAAAGGCCCUGAGCUCCCCUGCUGAGCUGCAGGCUGCCAUCGACGGCAACCGCAGGGAGGGCAGGCGGCCUAGCUACAGCUCCUCCCUCUUUGGCUACUCACCCACUGCUGCCACUGCUGCUGCUGCUGCUGGGGCCCCUGCCCUUCUCUCACCACCCAAGAUCCGCUUCCCAGUCCUGGGGCUUGCCUCCAGCAGUGGCACCAGUGCCAGUGGUCCUCGGCUGUCACCAGCAGCCACUCUCAGGAAAGGUGACGGGGUCCCCACAACCACAGUGCCCGUGCCAAAUCGCCUGGCUGUGCCCGUGGCUCUGGCGGGGCCACAGGCAGGGAGUCGGGUGGCCGCACUGGAACAGCUGCGGGAGCGUCUAGAGUCAGGGGAGCCAGCCGAGAAGAAGGCAGCAAGGCUGUCAGAGGAGGAGCAGCGCCUGGUACAGCAGGCCUUCCAGCGUAACCUUUUCAGCAUGGCACGGCAGCUGCCUGUGAAGAUCCGUAUCAACGGCAGGGCAGAAGACAGAGGAGAAGCCUCAGCUGCUGCGCUGAACCUGACCCCAAGCAGCAUUGGGAGCAUUAACAUGUCUGUGGACAUCGAUGGUACCACCUACUCAGGUGUGCUGUUUGCCCAGAAGCCCAUGGUUCACCUCAUCACAGGCCCCACUGCCCAGAGUGUCGUCGGAAGCAGCUCUGGCGGUGGUGGCAGCAGCAGUGGUGGCUCUCACUGUUCACAGAGUCCUACCUCUUCCCGGGGCACCCCCAGUGCGGAGCCCUCCACCAGCUGGUCUCUCUGACAGCAGCACCCAGCUGCCUCUGCCCUGCCCUCUAGCCAGGAGUGGCAGAAGCUGCCGCACAGAAUUUACCUCGUCUCACGGAGCCUGUUGUUCAGGGACUGGGUGUGUCCAUCUGUCCAGGCUCCAUUCAGGUCCUGCUGUCCUCUGGGGGCAGGGAUAGGUGGGAGGGGCAGGACAGGGCAGCGUUGUCCAAUCAGGGAUCAUCCUGGAGGCCUGGGCAGGGGUCUGGUAGCCCUACUUCCUCCAGGGUCCCCGCCUGUCUCCUACCCCGGGGCACAGUGUAUCGACAAUCUGUAAGCCGACACAGGGCUGGACGCCUCCACUUCCUUCCCCCUUAAUUUAUUUCCCUUCCUCCACUUUCUGCCAUUACCCCAGGGUCACUGGUCUCAUCCUCUGUGUGGCUCCCUCAUUUUUAAAUCCUGUGUGGGCUGCUGGGGCCAAGUGACUGCCUUCAUGGCUCUCAGCUGCUGAGCAUGGGUUCCACCCUCCCAGCCCUCCUGUCUGCUCUUGGUUCCCAGAGGCUGGGGUCCCUCAAAUCCAAAUCUAACAUCAGACCUCAGGGCCCCAUGUCCCCCUCUAGUGGGGGACACCUGAAAGAGCACAGGGCAAGCUUCAGGCCCGGGACUCUGGGCAUCUGCCAGGAUGGGUGAGGGCUUGGACUACCUGGGCCCUGGUACCCACUUCACGGGACCCCACGCAACCCUCCCUUACCUCAGGAUCUCCAUUUGCCUUUGUUGGCCACUCUCCCACCUUAGCUUCCUUGUCCCUGCCCUGUCACAGUCUCUUGGGGCCAUCUCUGCCCCACCAGCCCCAGAUGCGCUGAUAUCAGGUCACUGAAAUACCUCAGAUUUGUAAUUGUUGACGUUUGAUUCUUCAGGAAGUAUUUGCAUCUCUGAAAUCUUUUUUAUAUAUGUUUUGCUGACUUUGGUAUUUUAUUUUUAAAUUUUUGUUGUUGUUGUUGUUGUUGUUGUUAUAGCACCAAAGAAGAAGUAAGAGCAGAUCACCACAGCCAGGUGCACUUGGUAGCCAGCCCCUUGGCCCUACCCAUGCACCCUGGAGGGAGGAAGCAGGCGGGGUGACUCAGGGAUCCCUGAGGCAGUAGAGUGGGGUGGAGAGGCCUGUGCUUGCCUGCAGGGCCAGAAACUAUGCCAGUCCCAGGACAUCCCUGACCGUGCCACUGCCCCUGCCCUGCCAUGCAUACUGUGGGGCCAUGCUGCCUGCCGGAGCCCACCACCAGGGAGUGGGAGUGGGAGUGGGAGGUGCCAGGGCUGGUACAGGCUACUCCUUCCCACAGUGCCACUUGCACAGGUCACCUCAGCCGGGCAUGCUGCCACUGUUACUCCUGGGCUCAGUCCUGUCCAGGAAGAGAAAGGGAAAUGAGAAGCUCAUGCACAGACAUACCUCAACCCAGCCAGCCACUCCGCUGGCCUGCGCUCCUCCCCGCCCCGGCCCUCUACAUGCCCGUGCAUGCGCGCGCGUGCGCACACACACACACACACACACACACACACAGCCCACCUGCCCACCCACUGCAGGCUGCCCUUUGCCUGCAGAAACCUUGCCCAGCUGUGGUAGGGAAGGGACAAGGUUCUGGUACCAGUGCAGAGGCCCAGUGGCCAGCAUUGGCCUACCUCCCUCUGAAGUGUGUCAGACACUUGGCCAAAGUGUCUUUCUCAGGGUUUGGUCACGAAGGAUGGACUCUCCCACCCAGAGGAUAUGGGGACAUGCACCAGGUCUCUGGUCACAGGCCCUCCCCUUUUCGUUCUUACCUGGCCGUGUGCCCAGCCCAUCCCUCAGCGCCCCAACCUGGGCCUGGUCCAGCCUGAGCAGGGCAUCUAAGGGUGCUUUGUCCCCUGUCCCUUUGUAUUCCAACAGCAGUGUGGUAGCACACAGGUAGCCUAGGCAGUAAGUACAUACCUCAGACGUUCUCGCAAGUGUCUGUAUAUGUCGUGGUUGUUUUCUUACAUGUUCUGAAUGUUUAUAUUUCAAUAAACCUCUACCUCUUCACACGGCAGGCCUCAGUUGCUUUGCUGACUCUUCCACUGUGCAGGGACCUUAGGGUGAUGGGGCCAGGUGGCUGCUCCUCAUCCCUGGGCUUCCCUGACCUGUCCUCCCCAGAGCACUCAAGCUUAUCUGCUGGUGGCAGGGUGCUCAGCAUGGCCUGAUCACCAAGACUGACUCUAGUGAGUCACAUUGGUGGUGUGACAGGCCCAGGCCCUAGGAUAUCUCAUUGGCUCAGCAAGCCCCAGCUGAGCACCUGCUGGGCCAGAUGCAGAGAAGGCACAGUGUCUGGACAAAGAUGGGGUAUUUUGUUUGUUUGUUUGUUUGUUUGUUUUGCAGUGCUGGGAAUUAAACCCAAAGCCUUAGAAGUAAAUUAUAAACCCUGCCUUUUUGA